GCUGCACAGGCUGAAAUUAUUGUCCUGUUUCUUUCAGUUUUUGGGUAUGCUCUGCUGGCUCGCAAUGGCCCCUCCCGUUUUCCUCUUUUGCCAUUCUCUUAUUUCACCAUGUAACACACACUGCGCGAGCAGAAAUAACAAUGGAGGGAGGGGAGAUGUGCGGCAAGAGCGUGAGUGAGGAGGUGAAGCCGGAGUGGGAGGAAGGAGAGGUCUUGAUGCAGGGAGAGGGCGGAGGCGGAGGGGAUGGGGGUGCUGCGACGGCGGCGGGGGAAGCCAUGGCGCCGGUGCAGAUCGACGUGAGGAUGGACGUGGCGCUGCUGCACUGCCAGGCCUGCCUCCUCCCCCUCAAGCCUCCCGUGUUCAAGGAGUAUAUCUAUCUUCUUGCCACGGUUAUGGAAGUUGAAGAUCUGCGUUUCCUGUCGCAGUGCGAGGCCGCCGGGCACGUGGUGUGCUGCUUCUGCCGCGCCGGCCACGCCGCCCUCUGCAGCCGCGCCGGCACCCACUGCGGCGAGCUAGACGCCGUGCUCGGCGCCGCCAAGGUGCCGUGCCCCUACAAGGUGUUCGGCUGCGAGCGCUACGUGGUGUACCACGGCGCGGCGGACCACCAGCGCGCGUGCCAGUGCGCGCCCUGCUCCUGCCCGGAGCCCGGCUGCGUCUUCGUGGGAUCCCGCGCGAUGCUGCUCGACCACUUCGCCGCCGGCCACCAGCGCCACGCGGUCACGGUCCGCUACGGCCGGCCUUGGAACCUCGGCUUCUCCCUGUCGCGCCGCUGGCACGUGCUCGUCGGGGAGGACCGCAGCGUGUUCCUCGUGUCCCUCGGCCCGCUCGGCGCUGCCACCGCCGUGUCGCUGGUCUGCGUCAGGCCGGACGGCGCGGGCGAGGCGGCGCCCCAGUUCCGGUGCAAGCUGUCCGUGGAGCGCCCGGCGGGCGACGACAAGGACAACCUGGUCCUCAUGACCUCGGCGGUGAGCAGCAGCGCGCUGUCCACCGGCGCGCCGGCGCCGGGGCAGGGGAUGUUCUUGGCGGUGCCCCAGGAGCUGCUCUCCGGCGACACACUGAUGCUCAGCGUCCGGAUUGAUCUGAUCCGACCGGCCGGCGGCGCUCCCAAGUCUGCUACACCACAGGCCAGGACGCCGAGGAGGAUGCAGUGAAGUAUGCGUUUGAUAAUCUGCACCAUGUUAACUUAGAUGGCUUCUGAUGGUUUACUUGUUUAAUGCAAGAUAAGAGUAGUAGUACGUAUGACGAACUGUUCAAUUCAGUGGAAGUAGUGCAGCUAAGCUAUGGAUGAUUAGUACGAGUGUAUGAAUGAGACUAUGAAUUGUUCUGGCUUCUGACCACUUCAAUUCAGUAGCAAUGCAGCUAAGUAAGGGUAGCAGUAAUGUAGCUAAGCAAGGAUAGGAAUGCUUCACCCUUUGUUCUGAACAAAUAGCCUAAAUCCUAUUCAUGCCUCCGACAAGUAUUUCUGGACGGAGGAAAUACUGGCAGUAAUGCAGCUACUGGUUUGUAUUUGACCCGAGUCAAGUGCAACCAAUAUUUUUGACAAAGGAUGGGAUUUGUGAAGCAUUUUGUUCUAGCUUCUCUUACUGUACUGUACAAGGUUGUCCAUGCCCAGAUUCUUCAGUGGUUAGUUCACAUGAAAGGAGCUUCUAUAAAU